AUGGCGCAGGGCGCAAGGUGUGAACGGCCACAGUUACUCGGUCUCACAGGGAUCGGGCGUGUGGAGCUCAGCUUUCAGCGCGCUUCCGUCCACUUGGUCCACGACGUGAAGCGCCUGGAGGACGGCGAGGACUUGAACGAUGCGCUGCUGGACUUCUUCGUGAAGCUGGGCCAGGCGCUGAUCCCCAAUGGAAGGCAAGAGACGGGCUUCAACGCAGGCCUUUCUCCCGUGGCGUACCUCGGCUCCUACUUCUAUGGGAUGCUGCAGAAGGGCCAUGCCUCAGAUGGCCGAGCAGGUCAUGCGAACGUGGCCAACUGGGCCAAGCGGCGCCUGGGCAAAGGCGGCCUCUUCGCAGACCAGGUCGGAGCCUUCGCAGUGCCCGUGAACGAGCUGCUCCGGGACUAUAUGGGGCGACAGCAGGAGAAGCACUGGUGGCUCGCGGUGCUCGUGAACCCACGAGGAGGCUGCCCCAAUCAGGGCCCGGUUCAGGAGGGUGUGAGUGUGGCCUGCCUGGACUCCUUCGCACGCACAGGAAUGCGGUACAAACCACCCAGGCGUGCUUUGAAGGAUGGUACGAUUGAGGCUUACUCGGUAGAGAUCAGCAGCUUCUCGCGCUCGGGCUUCGUGGCGCUGGUCGGCUUUCGGGCUCAGGGCGACGGCUCUCUGGGCCCGCUGGUGGACCCGCGGCUCUCCAGGCUACAGUUUGGGCACCGCAUCAUCAAGGACCCUGAGUUGGACCUCAAGGUCCGGAACUACGGCGACUUCGGGGUGCCAGGGGUUCUCGAGGGCACCCUCGAGUUUGCCUUCGACUCCUCGACCAGGAUCUGCGGCGACUACAUGCUGCACUACGGCGGCGUUGCUGAGUACAAGCCCGCACUGAAGCUGGAGCUCCGCAGAGAGCCCAACCAGUCACAGCAGCAGGUCUCCCGGCUGUUGGCCGGGUACUGCGCAAAGGAGUGGGAGCUGGCCAACCCGGAGACGCCUUACAAAGACAGCCUGAUUGCUGGGGCGCUGCAGCUGGCAGACACACCUCAACAGGAGAGUGCCCACGACUGUGGCUUCUUUAUCCUGGAGCAGGUACUCCGGCUGCUGCAGCUCAGCCCCACAGCUCUGAGGUCUUUGGCGCAGAGGUCCACCGAGGACGUUGCUGGCUUGCCUUGGCCAGCACAGAGGGAGGUAGUCAAGCGGAAGAAGAAGCUGCGGGAGGUGACCGCGGACCUGUUUGUGGCAGCGCGCCGCCAGGGCACCGGGGACGUGGAGGUGCUUCUGAAGCAGGAUGAGGUCCUGCGCAAGAAGCUGCUGCUCGCUAUGUGGGAAGGCCCGUACUUUGCCAAAGCAGUAGCGAACCUCAUCGGCAUGGAUCCGGGACCUCUUCCGGAAAUCCCGACUCUACCCAAGGAAGAAGAGGCAAAAAAGCACGAAGCGGAGGAGGAAUCCGAGUCGGACAGCAGCGAGAGGAGCAGCAGCAGCCAUCGAAGCAGCAGCAGUGCUUCCUCGAGCCGCAGCCGGAAGCGGAAGCACGAGGAGAGCCGCAGCCGCAGCAGGAAGCGGGCCCGCAAGGAGCGGAAGGAGGAACGCCACGGGCACCGGGCCGAGCGCCCGGCCCGGCCGCCCCCGCCGCCCAGCUUCACCAAGGAGGACCUCCAAGGCUAUCCCUCCAAGACGUUGCGGAACCUCUGCGUGCAGUACAAGGUGCUCCCUCCGGGCAUGGUGGAGCGCACGGACUUGUUGAAGGCCUUGGAGCGCCUGGCCAUCGUGAAGAACGCCGUUCCGGCCGGGACGGCAGCGGCGGCCAAGGCGGUGGGCGAGCGCCUCGCAGGUGCCGCCCGGCCAGACCUUCCAAGCUUCACGACGGACGACUUGGACACCAUGCCGAUCAGCAAGCUGAAGAUGUUUUGCAUCCAGUUUGGCCGGCUCCCUUCGGGCUCCCUGGAAAAGUCCGACUUGAAGAAGGCUCUGGCUCCUUUGGCCAAGCCUUCCACAAAGCCGAAGCAGGCCUUCAGCGGCAAUGGGACAGCCUCCGGCCAUUCACAUAGCCACCACCACCACAAGAAGAGGGCCUUGCCCAGCUUCACUGCCACUGAGCUGGACACGAUGCCCAUCAGUCGGCUGAAGAGCUACUGCAUCCAGUACGGCAAGAUGCCCCACGGCCCUGUGGAGCGCACGGACCUGGUGGCCCUCUUGAAGCCCUUCGCGGUCGCAGCGGGCGUCUCGGGAGCCUCCUCGGCACCGGGGUCACUGGGUCCAGGCGCGGCGACCACGACUGCCGCAACGAGCUUCGGCUCCCAAGCAACUUCCGCCAAGCCGGCAGAGGCCGACAGCUUCGUCCUGGAGGACCUGAAGACCAUGAGCAUGAAGGCGCUGAAGACGUUCUGUCUCAAGCACAAGGUCAUGCCCCAUGGACCCGUGGAGAAAUGUGACCUGCAGAAAGCACUGGGAGUCGCUGGGCGCUUGGGUGGGCACACGUGGAACAUCAUCACAAACAGUGACAAGCACGAGCUCUACCUCACGCAGGCACGCAGCCGUGAUCACUACAUCAACGACAAAGGCGAGAUCACCUCUGUGUGGUUCGAUAGACGCAGGCGGGUUCCGCACUCGGUCCGCGGCCUCGAAGGGGCGAACUGGAGCGCCAACGUCAAGGAGAGCCUGCGCUGCCCAGGCUCCGCGGCGGUGCUGCCGCCCACGCCGGAGCAUUCGGGACACUUGGACAGGACGCUCGGCGCGGACCAGGCGCGGCUGCGCGACUCUUGGACGCCGCGUGGAGCGCCCAAGGUCGUGGAUCGCAAGGAGUGGACGCCGCGGCGUGGAGAAGCGCGAAUGGAGCUUAAGCCCCCGAAGGAGGAGGAGAUGUUCAGCUCCGUGGGACAACUGCGUGCCGAGUCGCACAUUGACGUGCAGCAGGGCAGCUUCGCGCAGCAGCUUGGGAGUUCCCGCGACAGUUGCGAUAUUUCAGGAGCUUGGAAAGUAAUAGAUGCACUGACGUACUGUACCUCAAGUCCUCCCUCCGGCCAGAUCGAGCGAGAUUUCCAGGAAGUGGACUGCCUUCUGCCCUCUUCUCCCACCGUUGAGCGGGAAGGUCUCGGGGGUCAGCUCUGUUUGCGGCGGCUCCCGGAGCAGCGGGUGAACCACUCGCAGAGUCGGAUCGAAUCUUUCGCUCAGCGAGAGAUCAGCAACUGGGCGCUCGGAGACGACAAGCUCUUGAGAAAGGAUCCUUUUUGCAUGCGGCCCAUGCAGCAGCCGAACAACUCCGGUGUCAAGUACGACAUCAUCACCAACGAGCGUAGCAAGUUCUGGUACUAG